GAUGCGGAAGUGACGCCCGUUUGGCGCGCUGGCCUGACUGUGCAGCGGAGAUAGAAUGGCGAAUGUGUACGAAUCACCGAAAGCCCGUGUGAACAGCAGUAUGCUGCCGCAGUACGCUGGCAGACCUGUUUGUCUCGUCGGACGAGUCGAGAAGGUGCACCCCACGGGCAAGUCCUUCUUUGUGUCCGAUGGCGAAGGAAAACCGGCCACGGUGGAGCUCAAUGAGCCGCUGGAGGAGGAAUUAAGCGGAGUCAUCGAGGUGGUGGGAACGGUGACCAACAAAGGGACCGUUAUAGCCACCACUUACCACAUCCUGCGAGAAGACAAGGGAACGUCAUUCGACCUGGAACUUUACAAUGAAGCUCUGAAAAUUGUGCACGAUUUUUCUCAGUAUUACCCGUUCGAGGUGUCUAUGAGCGCGUGAGCAGCGCGGCUGGAAAGUCGUCGCUGCGGAACCAGGCAUCGAUUUCUUUUCUUCUGUUACUUUUUACCUUUCGUCAUGAAGCGUUUUUGAAACAGAUUAAUGGGCAUAAUUUUCACUGCUUUUUUGUAAGAUAUGCUAAUAAAUUUUAAUUUCUGCCCAACUCCAUCUGCAAAAAUCUGUGAGUGGAAGUUACAUGAAAAUAAGAGCGAAACAUUUUCCCGGGCAGGAGUAACCAUUUGGCUUCCAGUCAGUCUGCAGUGCCAGUUGACUUUACUGCAGUAUAUUAAACAAUUAGCAGUUAUUUACAUUUGAGUAGCUUUAAAA